AUGAUGUCUCCAAAACCACCACCUGUUUUUGUUGUUCCUGGAAUGCAUGUUGGUUGUUUUCCAAAUGAUGCCAUGAAUGAUAAUACACUCGAAUGCUUCUUUGAUUCUACGUGCUUUAAUACCACAGCACAAUGGAUUUCUACUCUACCAGUUACCUCUUGGCCAAAACCAUUCAAUAGUUCAAUAAAAUCGCGUUUUCUCCCCACCACCACUAUUGGUUCUCUUUUGGAACAAAAUAUGGUCGAAGAGUGGCAAAACAUAACAAAUUUUUCGGGUUACUAUGCUGCUUGCUCACCAGCUUCAUGUACUUACACGAUGACAAAACAUAGUGGUAUUUUUCACAUACUAACAACACUUCUCGGAUCAUUAGGUGGUCUUAUGGUAGUUCUACGCAUCAUUGCUCCACAACUCGUUAAGUUACAUUCUCUUCUUGCUGAUUAUAUGUCAAAAAGAACGAAACCAGAUACAAGUGUACAGAUGCAGCAGUUAGGUAUGAUUUCAAGAUGUUUUUUAGUAGCCUUUAGUAGGUUGCAUAUGGUUCAAUAG